AUGUCACUGUCAACCCCCAUCACCGAGCUCUUCGGCAUCCAGCACCCUGUCGUCCUGGCGGGCAUGUUCGUGGCCUCGGGCCCCCGCCUCGCGGCCGCAGUGUCCAAUGCCGGCGGUCUCGGCGUCAUCGGCGGCCUGACCCUCACCCCCAAGCAGCUGCGCACGCAGAUUGCCGACCUCAAGUCCCAGCUCGUGGACAAGAGCUCGCCCUUUGGUGUCGACCUGGCCAUCCCCAAGAUUGGCGACGGUGCGCGCAAGACCAACUAUGACUACACCCACGGCCACCUGAGCGAGCUCAUUGACAUUAUCAUUGCGGAGAAGGCCAAGGUCUUUGUCUGCGCCAUUGGCGUGUGCCCACCCGAGAUUGUCAAGCGUCUGCACAACGGCGGCGUGUACGUGGCCAACAUGAUCGGCUCUCCGGCCCACAUCCCCAAGGUCCUCGCUGCUGGUGUCGAUGUCGUGUGCGCACAGGGCGGCGAGGGAGGCGGCCACACCGGCUCUACCCCCUUCAGCGUCCUCAUCCCCGCCAUCGCCGACGCGUGCAAGGGCAAGCUCACUCCCUCUGGCAGGCCCGUAUGCAUCCUCGCUGCUGGCGGUGUCUUUGACGGACGUGGUCUCGCCGCUGCGCUCGUGUACGGCGCGCACGGCGUGUGGGUCGGAACUCGCUUUGUCGCGUCUGUCGAGGCCGCGGCUCCCGAGGCUCACAAGAAGCAAAUCGUGUCGGCAGGCUUUGGCGACACCACCACCACACUCAUUUACUCGGGCCGUCCCCUGCGUGUCCGCAAGACACCCUAUGUUGCCGAAUGGAACGACACGCGCGCCGAUGAGAUCAAGGCUCUCACUGACAAGGGCAUCAUCCCUCAUGCGGCUGAGCUGGAGAAGAACCCAAAGAGGAGUAUGGAAGGGCACCCAUUCCUGAUGGGCGACGAUGCCAGUAUGAUCAAGGAGGUGCUCCCCGCCAAAGUCAUCGUCGAGAGCAUGGUGACCGACGCCGUUCGCGCGCUCAAGACGGGAAGCUACGAGAUUCGGGCCAGGAUUUAG